CUGAUGGUUAGAUUUUAUACCUUUGAUAUUCGAGCCGGAAAGGCUAUCUAUCGGCACGGUCGGAUGCUCGUGUUGGAAUCACCGACAUCGAUCCCACUUCAAAACGCAUCGGUAUCGCCAUCAACUUCUGAGCCAAACGACGUUGGUCUGCGUCGCCGAACCGACUCUGCCACCGGCGAGUAAGAGCCUGUGUCCCGACGAGAAGUCAGCACACAUGAACAAGAUCGAGAAAUGAGAGAAUCGAGUCAACCGAGGUAGGUAAACUCCUGGCGCCGAGCUCCGCACGUUUUCACCCCCCAUCGACGUCUCUCAUGUCGCCUCAUCGCACAGUCGCCGUGAGGUCUCUGUCGACGCCUGUACCACGACCGGCGGUUGUGAGAUCCCUGGCUCAGCGCUCAGCAUCGAGUAUGGGAUGUCACAGCCACCGACAUCGUGGUGUCAGCCCUUCUAAGUGUCAAAGCUGGGGCGUGUGGUAUUGUUCCAGCGAGCGCUUGCCUUGUACUGUAGCCGCUUGCCAGCAGCAACGCUACGUACACCACGAUAUGAAGACCACAACGCACCGAUGUGAACACUCACAAUCUUCUCGGUUUUCAGAAGAACGCGCCUCGGGCAACGAACAAAUCGAAGAUAACGACGAGGCGGUACCGAGAACGACGACAUCGUUCCCAGCCAAAUUCAUGUUGAUGCCGCAGCGACGCUUCCCUUGCACCGGUAAUACUUCAGCCCUUUCGGGGCCACGUUUGAUGCGACGGCUGGAGAGAUGCUCGAAGAACCUGUGCGUAAUUACACUAUAAGCAUACUGGCAAGUCGACAAGAACCACAGCCCAAGGCUGCGUAAAGGGCUAUAAAUAAGUGUCCGAGCUCGCAAAAUGAAGUCGGACUAGGGAUAUGCGCUUAGCGCUCCCCGCACUGCGAUCGUACCGCUAAGAAGGCG